AUGACACCGCCGACUCUUCUGGACGUUCCGAAGCUUCCAAUGUCUAAAAUGGUCAAUUUUCUCAGCCCCAAAUCACUAAUAAACUUUGCACUAUCCAGCCCAAAAAUCCAAGAAUUCAUCAAAUUACAAAAUCUGAAUGUGGAGAAAUUAUCACUGAAUAUCAGUCAGAAGGGUUUUGUGAUCCGAUUGAAGUUCUUCUAUUUCAAUAAACCACUUGUCUGGAAAUUCUUCACUUCUUAUACGAGGGAAGUGAAAUUGAGUACAGAUAAAAUCAAACUUUGUGAGACUCCAAUCGAGUUUGGGAAGCAAGCAGUCGAAUGGCUAACCGAUUUGAUUCGUUUCCCGGUCACCGCUGUUCAAAUCACGGGUCCAUCAUUCCCGGAAAUCGAGAACAUUCUUCAAUGGACAAAAAUUCAUGAAUGCGAGAAACUAACAAUGAAUUUUAUCGAUAAAACCGAAGGAGGACUCGAAAAAUUCACAGAUUUGGAGAGUUUCGAUCUAAACGGAUCUGAUUGGUUAAAACCGGAACAUUUGAAGAAUUGUGCAGCUAAACGGAUCACACUCUACACAAUGGAUUGGGAUGCCAAUCAAUUAAAUCAAUUCAUUCGCUGUUGGUUCGAAGGAAUCGACCAGCCGAUUAAUAAACUCGAAAACAUCGAAAUUCAAUUAAAAUCUGUUCCAAUGGAGGGAUUGCCGAUUGAACAGAUUGUCAGUGGAUUCGAAACGAAGCCAUGGGAUCCGACACAAAGAGCGCGGAUAUAUCGGAACUAUCACAAAAAGGAAUUUGAAGGUGGCUUAUUGAACCUUGAACAUGCCCUGGACAUUUUGCGACCCGAUGGAAAGCUUGCAUCGGUUUCGGUCUUUGAUAAAAUCGUGAAUUUCGUUGUUUGGCAUCAGAGAUUUCCUGUAGCUUCUGAACAAUCUUUUUUCUGA